UUUUAUCUUUAAAAUACAAGCUUAAUUCGUCUUAUCUUAUCCACACAAUUCUCUCGUACUAGAACAAGAUAUGAGAAUAGAAGCUUCAGCAGCUUUCACAAGUUCAAGACCUCUGUUUCCUCUAUUCAUCUUCCUCUUCUUUAUUCCAGGUUUCCACGCAAGAAAUCUGCAACAAUGCUCUUCUUCAUGCGGAGAUUUGACAAAUAUCAGCUACCCUUUUCGUCUCCAGGGAGAUCCCGCUGGUUGUGGUGAUGUUGAUUUUCAACUAUCUUGCCAGAACAACACCGCCAUCCUGAAUUUUCGCGGAGGAAAGUACUACGUUAAAGGAAUCUCUUACGAUAAGCGUACCAUCCGUGUUGUUGAUGUUAACUUAGCCCAUGGAACCUGCGGUCUUCCUUACAAGUCUCUUUCAAUGAGUGAAGCCACCGAUGAUGGUCGAUUCCCUUCAUUAAUUACGUUCUGGCAAGCCAAUUUUGUGAACUGUUCCAACACAAUCCCUGAGCUGACAGAUAGCAAAGUACCUUGUUUGAAUGGAGAUACUUCUCAUAUUUAUGUCAAUUUCAGUAACAGGAACUUGUUUGGUUAUGAGAUUCCAAGGAAUUGCAAGGUCAUUUCAAGGAUUCCUACGAGCUCGGAGAACGAGAUGAAUUACCCUUACAAUGAAACCACCUUGAAGUUGCUUGCAACAGGGUUUGAUCUUAGAUGGUCAGUUGAGUGUAGGAAUUGCCAUACAUUUGGUCUUUCCUGUGUCUACGAGUCUAAGAACGAUCCAAGAAUCUUUCGGUGCGAAACGAUGUAUGAAGAAGAUUACAAAACCCUACUAACGGCUGCCAUUGCAUAUCUUGUUUCACGCUCUCUGAUUGAUAAGGCAUUGCUCGUCAGAUUCAUCUUAGCUCCCUUGGUUGUGUUUGUUUUCCUUCUCCACAAAUGCUUAACUACGCGAAAGAAGGUUGGUAAUGCAGAACAUGUUGGUGACUUACAAAUGCUUCCUAAGCCUAUUCCAUGUUCUCCACAAGGUCAUACAAGGAACCUUCCAUCGGAUUCUCCAAAACAAGUGCUAAUAGCUGCGUCAAUAGAGAGAAGCACGUAAGAAUUCUUCACUAGUUUAAGGGGUUUGAUAGCCCUCAUGCAAGACAUUAGAAUGCAUUUAUUUUGGUACAAUGUCAGUGAAAACUUAUAUGGAUAUGGUAUUAAAAGCGAUUGCUCGUAAGACCGACUGGAUGACGGCAGUCUUGGUUGGACUCGGAAGAUGCCCUGUUUCUAAAAAACUUGAAAUGUAAGAAUUAUGAGCGCAACCAAAGCUGAAAGCUCCAUUGGUUUUUGUUGUAUGUAUAAACAUGAAAACUUCCAAUUCCAAACUGAAGGCAGUUAUCAGUCAUUA